CCCAUUGGUGACUAGACCUACUUUUACGAGCUCAUUGUGAGUUGUGAAGUAUGAACAAAUUGUGAAUUGUAUCAAUUUAUGUGUGGCCUAUUGGUGCCGUCGUCAAGUUGAUGGUUUCGCGGGGCGUGUUCUUUAAAUACUAUAAUUGAAAGAAAGAGGCCGGGUAACUUCACUAGUGGGGUUUAUUGUAUCAUAACCAGUUAGUAGGUGUAAAUUUAAAGGCUUCACCUCUGUGGACCGUCACACCCCUGUGAGAAAACGGUAACUAGUUGUUGUGUGUUAGAAGGGUUGUGACUUGUGCGUGAUAUCUAUGUGCAUUUAACAAUUAGCUGACGAAAGCUAAUGUUGUGUAGUGUUGAGUUCUUCGUGUGAGCUCUUGUUGUUCAUUGAUGGGCGGCAUUUCGCACGCGUCGAAGGCGGCAGAUCGGCCGCAUAGGCGGAUAAUAACUUCCUGGAGGGUCUACGAUAAAAUCCGCCACACUGGAACUGAUGGAAUUAGAAAAUAUCGUAGCCAACACUGUUUACUUAAAAGCCAGAGAGGGCGGUUCCGAUAGCAACAAGGGCAAAAGCAAGAAGUGGCGGAAAAUACUUCAGUUUCCUCACAUAUCGCAAUGCCUAGACAUAAAGACAACAAUAGAUGUAAACUACGAAUACAUUGUCGACCAGCAGCCGAUCGGCAAGCUGCUGUUCCGACAGUUCUGCGAACGGAACCGCCCUCACUACCACAAGUACAACAGUUUCCUAGAUGCACGUAAUAUUAACCUCCAGGCGGAGAGGUCGGAAGUGGAGGUGGAUGAAACGAGGGUGGCGCUCACGGCGGAGGUGUUUGGCAGAUACCUUAAAACAGAAGACAAAGACGCUGUUACUGACGUCGUUCCUGCCAAUGUAAUCGACGACGCCAGUGCACUUCUUCUAGAAGGUGGUGCUCGGGAUAUUUUCGGCGAGUGCAUACGAUGCGUGAAAAACUUUCUCGCUGGCACUCCAUUCGCGGAGUUUGAGAGGUCUAUGUACUUUCAUCGGUAUUUACAAUGGAAAUGGCUGGAAGCACAGCCUAUUACUCAAAAUACUUUCCGCAUGUACCGAGUUUUGGGCAAAGGUGGUUUUGGGGAGGUUUGCGCUUGUCAGGUUCGAGCUACGGGUAAAAUGUACGCAUGCAAGAAGCUAGAGAAGAAACGCAUAAAGAAGAGAAAGGGGGAGGCGAUGGUGCUGAUAGAGAAGCAGAUACUCCAGCGUAUUAAUUCACGCUUCGUCGUCAACCUUGCGUAUGCUUAUGAGACUAAGGACGCCCUUUGUCUGGUGCUGACUAUUAUGAACGGCGGUGAUCUAAAAUUCCACAUCUACAAUAUGUGCGCGGGCGCAGAGACCGGCCUGGGUUUGGAACGAGCGCGUUUCUAUGCAGCUCAAGUCGCCUGUGGUCUGGAACACCUGCACAAGAUGGCUAUUGUAUAUCGAGAUUGCAAGCCGGAGAACAUAUUGUUAGAUGACGCAGGUCACGUGCGUAUCUCGGAUUUGGGUCUGGCCGUGGAUGUCCCCGAAGGGGGCAGUGUCAGGGGCCGGGUUGGUACUGUGGGGUAUAUGGCACCUGAGGUGAUAGACAACGAGCGAUAUACAUACAGUCCGGACUGGUUUUCGUUCGGAUGCCUGGUGUAUGAAAUGAUUGAGGGUAGAGCGCCAUUCCGCGCUAGGAAAGAGAAAGUCAAGAGGGAAGAAGUGGAUCGGAGAGUUAAGCAUGAGCCAGAGAAGUAUUCGAGUAAAUUCAGUGAUUGCGCACGCUCAUUGUGCAGUGCAUUAUUGGCAAAGACUCCGGCGAGCAGACUUGGCAGUAACUCUGGCAAGCGAGGGGCUGGUCAGGUCAAAGCUCAUCGCUUCUUUGUCAGACUCAACUGGGCGAGACUCGAGGCUGGAAUGGUCGAUGCGCCUUUUGUGCCUGAUCCCCACGCCGUAUACGCAAAGGACGUUCUUGACAUAGAACAGUUUUCGACAGUAAAGGGCGUGAACUUAGACGCGGGUGACGAUACUUUCUACGGGAAAUUUAACACCGGCUCCGUCUCCAUUCCUUGGCAGAGCGAAAUGUUAGAGACUGGCUGUUUUACGGAGUUAAAUGUGUUUUCUUCAGAUGAUACCGGAACAGAAUGUCGCAGCACUGACCUACAACUAGAAGCUACGCUCGAGACUGUGCAAGACGACAAAGGAUGCUUUGUGUUCGCUAGAAAGGUGUUAUGCCCUCAGAAGAAAGUCCCUCAACGCUUGAGGCCUGUGCCCAUCCCCGAACAUUUGCUGCAACCUUCGUCUCCACCUCCCCAAAGCUGACCGAUUUUGUGGGUAGAUACGAUUUCUUUCUGCGGGUAGAUCGAGAAAACGUCUCAAACAUUCUAUUAAUGUGGGUAGUUUUGCGAGUAGCCGAUUAUGUGGUUAGCUGAAUGUAUUGUGGGUAGUUUUAUAAUUGACUUGUAAAAUUGGCCUCGGACAGACUAAUGUUGCAAGUUCAAUUUUGCGGGUAGGUAACGAUGGUACAAUAUUUAAACGCACAUAUUUUAGUUAUUCGAAUCGAAAAUUUAUAGACAAAUUUAAAAAGGAGAGCGACAAACCUUAUUUUGUCCUCGCUGCUUUUAAUAAAAAUAGACAAAUGUUCCUACCCCACUUAAAAUGUUUAAGUUUAAGUCAAAAGGUUUAAGAAAAUGACAAAGGUAUACUCCGUUCACGAGAAGAAAAUUAUUGAAAACAUUUUGUAUGCACCGUAUCGUUUGUUAACCGUAAACACCAUUUUUGUAAUAAAUCUUUCUUCUCGGGAAACGGAUUAUAUUAUAGCAACUGUCCAAUAAUCAAAAUAUAUUUUCAGCCUUUUGAAAUUUUUGCCUCGUAUACGUACGUUUUUAUUUGCAUUUUUCUUCAGUACCUGUCAAAAUGUUUUGAAGUUUCCUUCCACAAACAGAACAAUCAUGAACAAUUUAGUUUUAAGCGAUUCUUUUAAUAUAUUUUAUUUUCGAUCGAAUUUAUUAUGAAGUUUGAUUCGCAGGUUUUAGAUUAGGGACGCUUAAUCUAAUUUACCAGCACUUUAGUGCGUGAUUUGUAAUGAUAUUAUUUAUUAUUUUUAAUAUUUGGGCGUAAUUUGAAGGUGACUAGAGUGAGCGAGUGAAAUUGUAAUUGGUCUGGCUUUUAUGCGAAAAUCGACUUUGUUAACAUAUCUAUAUGAAUAAAACUCGAAAGCUGAUUAUUUUUAAAUAUCCCGAAAUAUGCAAAAUAAAAGUUCCUAAAUAAAGACGAUUAUUGCAUAAAUAUUCAAGGGCUUAGAAUUAUGCCACGCAAAAGAUAGCAGAGAAGGGGAAGUUAGACACGGCUUUUUGAAUCUAGAAGACUUGUAGUCUUUGGUCGGAGACAGAUUAUAUUAGGGGCAUAGAUAACAAAUGCAAGUCAAAGUCUCUGGUCUACGGCUAUAGUAACAUAAUCUAGUACAAUGCAAUUAUAUAUUUUUAAAGGAAUGUAUCAAAUUUUUUAUAGUAUAAAUCGAGCAAUAAUUUAGAAUCGAUAUUGUUGAUUCGGCAACUCGAAAUUUUUUGUAUUUGGUGUGUAUAUUCGUCGAUUUGAUAAUUCAAUUUUAAUUCGUGUGUUUCGCGAUGUCGUAGAUUAAUUAAUAUAUUUACCGUUGAAAUUACGAGCAGCUAAUUUAAAAGUUGUUUUUUAAUGUCAUUCGACCAUUGUUUACAAUCGUUUGGUGUAUUAUUUUCUAAAGAGUCCAUAAUGGAUUGAAAAGAUAAUCGCGGAACCAUUAUUUGGAACUUUGUCAAAUUGUAAAUUUAAAUUUAUUUUAACGUGUCUUAUAGCCAUGUGUACAUUGCCGGUUUUCUUCCAUAUUGUAUUAGUGUAAGUAUUAAUGCAUUUUGACGUCUACUUUUAUUGUAUUUUACCAUUUUUAAAUGCCUAUUGUCUUUGGCGUUCGCUGUUAAAAUUUUGUAUAGAAAUAUUGAGAGGUAACGCUUGUGACUGUAUAGGAAAUAUUUCUGAAGAAGCAUAGGGGACUUGUACUUGACACGUGUUAACCAACUAUACGUUAGAGGCGUUACAGUUUUUUAGACUUAAUCUUAGUCUCGUUUGGCCAAACAUAAGGUGUGCUACACACAUAAAUCGUUCUAUUGUUAGGUAUUGUAAUGUUGGUGUGUAGCACUCCCAUGUACAGCGAACUUCAUUAUAUAGCAAUGCAACUAGAAUAACAUGCGAGUUUUGAUUUUAUAAUUUUUGGUAACGCCUCACUCAACCAGUUCAGUUCUUCGUUUAAUUGAAUUGUGCUGAUGAAAAUGCGUAAAUUAUUUUGACCCAUUCAAAAGGCGUUACCAAAGAUAUUUAGCGCAAAAGAACUGUAUAUUGAUGGGAAACGGUACGAGUAUUGUGAAUACAUAUACAAUAAAGAAAAAUAUUAAAAAACAUAAAGCAGGUAUAUCUCGGAAAUCAUCAAUAUCGUCCUUACUACAGAUUCUAAGAAUAUUCCUGAGAUUUGUGCAAGUGUUUUAAAGUUAUUGUUGUUAAUUCUAAAAGUAACCUCAAAACUCGUAACUUCCCCCAAAAUCGCAUAAACAAGGCUGAGGGUUUUCUUCCGUUCUGACUGCUUGUCCAUUCCACAGCUCAAUCCACCAUAGAUUUAGAUGUUAUUCGUGUAAGUGUAUCGUGUUGUGAACACCUGUGUCGCCUACUCGAUGGCAGAUUUACUAAAAAUAGGCAUUGCACAAAUUUGUAAAGUCUAAGAGCUUCCGAAAACUGCAAACAUUUUUAUCUGCCAAUCUUUCCAUCGGGUAGUGUUUAAGCGCGCACAUAAAUCCAAGUAUUAUAAAACUAUCGUGUUUUUUUGGUGCGCACUCCAGACAAAUUAAUUGAAAAAAGUCGUGAAACCCAUCCAUAUUAUUUGCCUGCCGAUACCAAACCGGUGUAUUGUGGGUACUUUCAUACAUCUUUAUACUCAAUAACGGCCUUAUUAAACUUUUGGUGGAUUAAAAGUUAGCAGUUUUCGGAGUUUCUAAAUAUUAUAUUAUAUUUCAACUUAUCUUGAAUAUCUAUUUCCAAAACUGUCUUGUUGUUUUCUAAAGGUAAACAAAAGUCGAUUCAAGAAAACUUAAGACACGAUUUUCUAUGAGUCCUCUAAAAUUUUGUAGACAAAUCUAUUGAGAAACUGUUAAACAACUAUUGGCAUGUAUAAAAAGGAAUGAAUGUAUUUUUCGAUUACUUCGAAACCUAAUUUCGAAUAACAAUAACAGCUACAAGUUAUAUGUAUACCUUUCGAUUCAACAAGCCCAGUUAAAAAAAUCUCAGAUUAAACAAAUGCAAAAUUGAAUUGAAUUUGUCAAUAUUGCGCAGAGUGGCUACGGAACGAUUUAAUGCAACUUGAAAUUAAAUUAUUAUCAAUUUUAUAUUUAAAAAUAAUUUCCAUAACUCAGCACAUAACCAAUAUAGGAUCCUAGAUUUUUAAUAAUGAUAUUAAAUCAAAUCAUCAAUUUGAAACAUAAUGUUCCGUACCACCUCUCGAUGCCUGUGUCAUACUCAAGAAUACGUUGUGGCAAAAGUUUUUGAGAUAUUAUUUUUUGUAAGGACGCACAAACAAUUCAAAUGCACAAAAGUAUUGUUAUUGGUAUUUGAAUGAUAAAUGGGUGUGAUGAUCGAGUAGUUUAGAUUAGCUUCGGUACUGUUAGUUAUUGCAGUAUUUUGAUGCAAAUAUUAUAAUUUAAUAAGCGUAUUCAUAAAUAAAUUGAC